AUGUCGAUGGAGAAAAAAGCAAUGCAGAGGAUUGAGAAGGAAUUCAAGGAUAUGACCUCGAAAGAGUCUUUGUACAGUAUUGGUAGAAAAUCAGACGAUAUAUUCAAAUGGAAUGCGAUGAUUCAAGGUCCACCAGGUACUCCUUAUUCUGGUGGCAUGUUCUCGAUCGACAUUAAGUUUCCUAAGGAUUACCCUUUUAAACCACCCAAGUGUACAUUCAAAACUCAUAUUUACCAUCCAAAUAUCAAUUCUCAAGGAUCAAUUUGCCUUGAUAUUCUUAAUGACAAGUGGACUCCAUCUCUCACCGUUGAAAAGGUGCUUUUGUCCAUAACUUCACUAUUGGCGGAUCCAAACCCUGAUGAUCCUCUUGUAGGAGAGAUUGGAGAUCUGUUCAAGACCAAUAGGUUCAAAUUUAACGAAGAAGCCCGAAAAUGGACCCAACGACAUGCAUAA